CAGUGUGAUUAAGAAAAACGUAGUGCAACGUUUAUAAAGUAGACGGUAUAUCUACAAAUUUCUAAAAAGUCCUAAAAUGCUCCAUACCAAGAGACAGGGCGUUACUCAUAUCUACGCCACUGAUGAAACUGAAUAAGAACAAAACAUGAAUAUUUUUCAAAUAACACUGUGGUGAAAUAGAAGAAAACUUCAUUAACUUCAGCGUAUUUUCAAUGGAGAAGUUGAAGCUUUUUACACGGAUUUUACAUCAAAUGUUCAAACCAAUUCUUCUCCAACAGGGGCAGACUGAGUACUUUCAGCUUAGGCUAAUCGUCCAUUGGAAGCGUAGUCGCGCAACUCGAAGGUAGCGCGUAUACGCCCGUGUAUGAGCGAUCAUGAGACUGAGCGACUGGCAUCAUUCACUGCAGGCGACUCUAUACGACUUAGUUCGCAACUGUCAUCAUCGAAAGAAAGUGUGCUCUGUAAAAUCAUGUGAAAUGGAUUUGCAAAACAUGUACUUUUUGGAGCAACCUUACAUAAUAAGGCGUUUGAGAGCUCGUCGUGAUAAGAAGAGACGUUUGUGUUGGAUAAAUGAAAUACUUAGUAGAAGAAAUUUACUGGGAGAAUUCCAUCACCUACAUGACGAUUUACUGAAUGAUCCGCAGAAAUUCUUUGAUUAUUACCGGAUGAGUCUAGACACAUUUCAGUACAUUUUGAGUGCUAUAGAGUCAUCGAUCGCCAAAGAUUCAAAUUUCAGGGAGACAAUAAGACCUGUGGAACGUUUAAGUGUGACUUUAAGGUACUUGGCCACAGGUGCUUCAUUCAAAACAUUGGGGUAUUCAUUUAGAAUGUCAGAUGUAACCGUUGGAAGAAUAGUUAAAGAAACGUGUAUUGCUAUUUGGGACCAGUUGAGCACUCUACAUAUGCCAUUUCCUCCUACAGCUGAACAGCAGGAGUCAAUAAAAGAAGGUUUUUGGCGUAAAUGGAAAUUUCCUAGUUGUGUUGGGUGCAUCGAUGGAAAACUUAUACGCAUACGAAAUCCAGACCAUUCAGACAGCAUGUUCAGAAAUUACAAGCAUUUCUUUUCAACUGUGCUACAAAGUGUGGCGGGACCAGAUUACAAGUAUAUUACCAUUGAUACAGGAGGGUACGGCAAGGAAAGUGACGGUGGUGUGUUUUCAAAUUCCCGCCUUCAUAGAAGGCUUGAAAACAAUGAGUUGGGUAAUAAACGGCUUACCACACUGCCUGGAUCGAAUAUUAAAGUUCCGUGCGUGCUGUUGGGAGAUGAAGCCUAUCCAUUGAAAACUUACUUGAUGCGACCUUUUCCCUCAUCACAACUUGGACCUUCACAUACAAUUUUCAAUAAACGACUUUCGCAAGCACGGCAAGUCAUUGAAUGCGCGUUUGGUAUUAUUUCCGCCAAGUGGAGAGUACUUCAAAAAGGAAUUGAGGUUGAACCAAACUUUGUCGAUGAUAUCGUUAAAUGUGUAUGUUUGUUGCACAAUAUUAUAAUUGACAAAGAAGGCGAACCACAACCUAUGUCAAUACCUCAACAAUCAGAAACCAGUACUACAAGAGCCAGCUUUGCUUCCCUAGGCGAAAAUAGGAGCGUCACUACCGCUUAUGUGAUCAGAGACAAAUUCGCAGAAUAUUUUUUUGAACAUCAAGCAAAUACCUAAAAAAACUUGUGUCUGAAGUAAAAGCUUUGCACUGACGGUCUGUUUUUGCCUGAAUAUCUCUUAUGUUUUGUUCACUUUGUAAUAUAAUAAUGAUAUUGAAAACAUCCAUUAUUAGUAAUACCUACUUCGUCUGCAACUUUCGAC